ACCUAUAAAUAGAGAUCCAAAUAACCAUCAAAACCAAUUCAGAUUUCAGACGUAUAAGCUUCCCAAUAACAAAUACAAUCCCUUCUCUCUACAAAUUCUUUGUUUGUUUCUCUCUCUAGACCUUCAGUUUUUCAUCAAUGGCGCUGAAGAGAACCCUAAUUUAUCGACUCUUCAACUCUCGCAUGUCCUCAUUAGCACCCGCAAUACAAGCCCUAACGCCUCCUAAUCCGUCCAAAAUCGCUCUAGAUCCCGGAGACGACGGUGUUUUCCGUCGAUUCCUUCAACGGCGGCCGAUGUAUAAGUCGGCGGCGACAUCGCCGGAGCUCCGGUCGCUCCCGACGGGCGAGAAGCUGUUGGAGAAGCUGCGAUUGAUGGAUAUUGCCAGAGAUCGAAUCCGAUUGGACGUGCUGCCGAGUUCUCCGUCGACGACGGAAGGGAAGCUGACGGCGGAGGAUGCGAGGAAGUUGCUGAGAGUGUCGCAGCUGGAAAUGGUGAAGUCGAAGCUGAGACAGAUUCGGAAGAGCUACAUAUCGUAUGCAGAGUUCGUUCAGAUCUGUGUAGAGUGUUGUAUGAAUACAGAUCAGGGAUUGGAGUUUGCGAAGACGCUCGAUGAGUCAGGGACGGUCAUCGUCUUGGGAAACGUCGUGUUCCUCAUGCCUGAUCAGGUCGUGAAAGCCAUCCAAGGCCUAAUGUCCGUACCGGUAGCCCACCAGAGUGACCCAAGGAUGAUGGAGGAGCUCGAAGAAAUGGCGAAGCAGAAGGCCGCCAUCGACGAGAAGGCAGAAGCCCUGGUUCGCCGGGAACUCUGGUGUGGGUUGGGCUACCUUGUCGUGCAGACGGUCGCCUUCAUGAGGCUGACAUUUUGGGAACUCUCAUGGGAUGUCAUGGAGCCCAUUUGCUUUUAUGUCACCUCUGUGUACUUCAUGGGCGGCUAUGCUUUCUUCUUGAGGACAUCCAAAGAGCCUUCUUUCGAGGGGUUCUUCCAAAGCCGAUUUAGGGCGAAGCAGAAGCGGCUUAUGAAGACCCACGAUUUCGACAUUGGGAGGUACAAUGAGCUCAGGAAAGCUUGUUAUCCUCACUCAUCGUCCCUAGAAGACCCCUUGUCGUUUACUAAAUCCUGGAACUCUGAAACAUAAUAUGAGAAAGAAAAACAGAUAAAAGCACAAUUUUUUUGUAUUGUUUUUUUUUUUUUUUUUUUUUU